UUGGUUUUGAACUUAGCUUUCCAAUUUUCCACAUUUAUCUAAAUUUAUAUUGAUAUAUUUUUACUAUUUUAAAUUAGGUACUCUGUUUUUAUUUUUACGAUGCUCAACUUAUAAUUUACUUAAAUAUCCAAUUAUUGUUGAAUACAACACAACAAAAUGUUAGUCUCAAUUUUUUUAAAGACAUUAAAAUUUUCAAAUGCUAUUAAAUUAAGAAAAUAUCUAAGCACAAUGGUUGAUAAAAAGCAAAAUGAAGUUCAAUUUAAAACAAAUUGUAAUUCAGACCAUCUUGAGAAAUUCAACUGUUGUAUUAAAAACGGACUCACUUCUUAUGCAGUUCUUAGUAAUGAAUGGAUUUUCAAAAUGAAUAUCAAUAAUUUAAGUAAUGGACUGACAUUACUUAAAAGAUGGAAUCCUAAAAAGAUAGAUGAUUUGUUUGUACUCCUUCAAAUGCCUAUGGCAAAACUUGUAUAUCUUACUAAAAAAACCCAUUUAGAAUCAAAAAUUGUGCCACAUGGAAACAGAGUCUAUUAUUUUGCAUCUACUUUCGAGAAAAAUCCUCAAGAAGUAUGUUACCAUUUGAUGCAUUACAAAUUUUUAUUCACACGGAACUUUACAACACUUAACCACAUCUAUCAAAUUUUGAUUGAAAAUAAUGUUGAUAAGAAUGAUAUUUGGAAAGAUACUUGGAUAUUUAUGUACAGCAUUGAUCAAAUUAAACAUAGAAUUUCUCUUACUAAAGCACCAAAUUUAAAAAUUAAGCCUUGGAUGUUAAGAUGUAAAACUGAAGUAUUUGAAAGGACAAUAGAGAUAAAACAAGAAAAUAGAGUUGUUCUCAAUAAAGACUCUACUGCACAAUACUUAGCUAAAAGGCUGAAAGUACCAGAAAAAACCAUUCGCUAUAUCAGUUCAAAAUAUCCUACAACAUUGAGAGUUAGUCCUACUAAAUUAAAAGAAAUAUUGGAUUUUCUUCUCAGAGAAGGAUACAGAUCUUCACAUAUAUUGAGUACUCCGCGUGUAUUUACUCACAGUAUUUCUACUCUACAGGAACGAUUAACUGAGUUAAGAGAUCUUGGCGGCGAACCAACUUUGACUGCCUUAUGUAAAAACAAAACAACUUAUCAAGAAUUAGUUAAUAAAUUAAUCUUGAAAAAUACUAAAGGAUAUAAUAUUUAA